UCCUGGAAGCCGCUGCCGCACCACCACUCGCAACUCAUCCAAAUGAUCCCUCCAUCAUUCCUCAUCCUUCUCGCGUCGCUUCUGCAACCAAGUGGCUCGGAGGCUCAGUCAAGUCAUGUCAGCAAGUUUCUUCCUCCAGGCAGCAAGGAGCAAAACGGAGUGCAGGAGUCCCAUCGGGAGAAGGUGAUCACGGUGGCCGGAGAGGGGACGAUCCAUAGCCCGGAUUUCCCUCGCACGUAUCCCAGGAACAUCGUGUUGGUGUGGAGACUGGUGGCGGCGAGCAACAUGAGGAUUCAGCUCACUUUUGAUGACAGGUUCGGCCUGGAAGACCCGGAGGACGGAAUAUGCAAGUACGACUUUGUGGAAUUGGAGGAUCCGAGCGACGGGAGCAUCCUGGGCUGCUGGUGCGGGUUGCGGGCGGCCCCCGCAGCCCACCUCUCUAAAGGCAAUAAAGUCCGCAUCCGCUUUGUCUCGGACGAGUACUUCCCGUCCGAGCCGGGCUUCCUCAUCCGCUACGCCACGCAGCCUGCGGUGCCCGCAGAAGCCGAGCCUCCGUCCCAGCAGGACCUGCAGGAGCUGUCGGCCGCCGUGUCGGGCCUGAGGACGGUGGAGGAGGUGAUGAAGUACCUGGAACCCGAGCGCUGGCGGCUGGACAUGGACGACUUGUACAAUCCCACGUGGCACGUGCUUGGCAAAUCCUUCAUCCAUAACAAAAAAGCCAAAGGAGGAGAUGACCUCAAUCUGCUUUGGGAGGAAUCUCAGUUGUACAGCUGCACGCCACGCAACCUGUCCGUGUCCCUGCGCGAGGAGCUGAAGCGCACCGACGCCAUUUUCUGGCCCAGCUGCAUCCUGGUGAGGCGCUGCGGCGGGAACUGCGCCUGCUGCGCCCACCGUUGCUACGACUGCCAGUGCCAGCCCGCCCGGGUCGCCACGAAAUACCACGAGGUUCUGCUGCUGAAGCACCGCAGCGGAGGCCGAGGCCUGCAGAAGUCCAUGACCGACGUGGCCUUGGAGCACCACGAGGAGUGCGCGUGCGUGUGCAAGGACGCCGAUAACGCCGACAAUAGCGCGCCGCUCGGACACGUUUAACGCCAAAUCGGACGACGUUAAAUUAAAACAAAAAGCGAGAUUGGGACGGAUUCAAUCUGCGGAACGUCGUGGAAUAAAUACUGAGACUACAGAUUCCACCGGACUCUAUCUUGAGUGUUAGAAGACAAUUUGAGAUAAGGAGCUGCCUAUUCUUCGGCUUUUUGGGGGGGAUCUGAUAGUGUCACGGAAAAUGGGAGCCUCUUGUCGGAGGGCUUUUGCGAUACGCACCCCUCAGAAAGUAAUAUCGGACCAGUGAGGCCAUUUCCUGCCUUUUUGCUGUACGCUGAAAUCAUUUGCGUUUGACAUGAAAACAACCUCAGUAUCCUGCAGUUUUGACAGUAACAUUAGGCCGUAAUCACAACAACAACAAAACUGCGAUGGCAUGGUAUGACAUGUUAGCAUUUAUUGUCAGUAGGUGGAACAUACAACGUAGACACCGAGGCUGACCCAUGCUUCCUCUUUCCCUGCCCCUCGACUCCCCCCGUCCAAUCGCCACUCAAAUUUGGUUACAUUCAGGGCCUCCCAGAAAAUAGGAAAUUACAGAACUAGAAUCUGCUCAACACAUCUGCAGGGUUGCGGCAAUAUUCAAUGAUUAUUUAUAUCACGUACCACAACUUCGAGAAUCACUGCUUUAUAGGGUUUAAGUCUGGAGAUGGACUUGGCCAGUCUUUUUGACUUUUCCCUUCUUGCCCCUCUGAUGAAUUGCUUUGUUGUUUUGGCAAUGUGUUGGGAUAAUAACACCUCUAGUUACAGCUCUAACUACUAUUAAAAAAAAAAAAAUCUGUAUAUCGUCAUGAAUAUCGUCAUCGCAAAUUUCCUUCAAAUAUCGUGAUAUCAUUUUGAGGCUAGCCUACUUCCAAAUACAGUACUAAUGAAAUCUCUGUACACUUGUGACUUUGAACAAAGUAAUGAUUGUGUCAAAAAAAUAAAAGAAAUAAUAAUCUUGUUUCUCAUUAUUCAGGUAUUUAGCAUAAAGAAAUAACUAACCCUAAAACAGGAAAGGUUUAGUUUGAUUGUUUCGGACGGCGAGAAAACAAAACAAAACAAAACCAAAAAGCGUACUUGUCUUUUUAUACACCGUACGUAACCAUCUGGUUUCAAUUGUAUCUGCUUCUCAUGCUGAUUACACCUCGAACUAGCAUAAAUCCAGUCUUCACAAGAGCCCAGAUCCUUUUUGAAGUAUUUUUGUCUUCAUUCUUUUUUUUUUUACGUCCAACCCAACUCUUUUCAUUCUAUGGCAAACGUAAAGGAAUUGGUCCAUUACUUUUGGAUGGGAGCGAGUGAUCAUCUUCGUGUGUAAAUAUUCCAUUUGCAGUUCUUUGCCUCGCUAAGGUGCUUUUUUUUUUUUUUUUUUUUUUUUCCUACCAAAGAGACUGUGGUUGCUUCAUUUGACUCAGUUACGCCUUUCAAGUAUUUAUUUCUGUGCUCUGCCCCCCCUCCCCCCCAAAAAAAAGAUUCAUUGUUGUUGUACAGUAAGACUCGCCUCCAUUUUCUUCCUGUAUAUUUUUUUUUUAAAUGUGUUUUUCAUUCACUCAUGUUCAGUUAUUUAUCUACAGUAGCUCCCUCUGCAACAACUGGUAUUUUAUUGUACUGAAAUUCUGAAAUAAAGUCAUUUCUUAUUGUG